GAGCGCGCGCUGCCCGCUGUGUGUAGACGGCUUCACGUGAGUCACCGUGAUGGCCAGCAGCUCUGACGUGGUGAAGAAAAUCAUGAGGCUCAAACGUCAGCUCUCAGACAAAGCAGAUCCUGCUACGGUUCUAAAAAUCUUGCAGAAACUCAAGGAUCUGGAUAUCACUUUAGAUGUUCUUGCCGAGACUGGAAUUGGCAAAACUGUUAACUCCUUACGCAGACAUGAACAGGCUGGAGAAUUAGCAAAGUCUCUAGUAAAAGGUUGGAAAAAGCUGCUCUCCAAAGAAUCCACAAGCCGUGGAGAAGAUGGGACUUUCUCUGAGAGCCUUUCUGUGAAAGACAAACUAGAUGAUCAAAGCAGUCCAAAUAAUGGAAAUUUGGAAAUGGAAGAUGUGAACAAUAAUCUUCUAACAUCUCAUCACAGUAAGAAUAGUGAUUCUUCAGAUGACGGCAACUUUAAAACGGGGAAAAGGAAAAUGGAUUCGCAGAAAGGACAAUGUGAGGGACGGAAAAGAAAAACAGACUGUGAGAAAAGUCCAGAAAACCAGUACGUCUCCCGGCACGACGUGUUAACACAGAAGGACAAAAUGGACAAGAAGAAGAAAAAGGAUCGGAGCGACCGAAAACCUGGAGACUGCGAUCGUCUGCUCGGAAACAAAAACUUGAAGGAAAGCCAACAAAAAUCCAGAUCUGAUUCCAGAGAGAAAUGUAAAAGUGCCUCUGAGAGUGGGCGGUUCGGGUCAGACAGGGAGAAGAACACAAAAUCAAAGCUUUCGAAAGAGUCGAGGGGAGGCAAGGAGGAUGACAGAAUGUCAGGAAUGUUGAGAAGCUCCGACGCCCAAAAGAGAAAAACAAAGCAUACAACUUCGCUGGAGUCUGAAAGGGAACAUUCAAAACACAAGAAGGCGAAAACGAAUGAGACUAAAAGUGAUCCAGAGGAGCCCUCUAUGUCUUUUGAGUCCUACUUGAACUAUGAUGUGACUGUUUACAAGAGAAAGGAGCGCUCUGGAAUGAGAAAGCCGCCCAAAAAACCCAAGAUGAUUCCCAGUGAGCAACAAAUAAAAGAUCCUGUAAUUAAAAAUCUGGAGUUGGCCCCAAAACAGAAGUUUCUGGAGCCUGUAAUGCACCUGAUGAACAUUCCUUUGCCUGCUGCUUUACCUGAAUGUGACAAGCCCUCCAGCUUUGACUACUAUGAAAGGAAAGUGGAGAAGGAGCCUGUGGAGCCUGAUGUCUGUGACGUCUCUGAGGAGUCUGCAGUCUUCACCGGCCAGCGUCUCAACAGGAAGAUGCAGGUGUACUCUGGUGCCAAGACCGUUUUUCUCCCAGCCAUGCUGAGCUUGUACCAGCAGUGUAUCCGCACCCUCCAGAACAACAUUAACUUGCUUUAUGAAACUGGCGGGGUCCCGUUUGAAAUCCUCGAGCCUGUGUUGGAGAAGUGUACCCCAGAGCAGCUGCUACGCAUCGAAGAAUGUAACCCAAUCUAUGUCGGCGUGACAGACCAUUUAUGGGGCAAACAUUGUCAGAGAGACUUCAAAGACUCCAAACUUCAAGAGUAUGAAUCAUGGAAAGAGAUGUACAUCAGGCUAUCUGAAGAGAGAGAAAGGAAACUGAAAAGACUGACAAAAACUAUUGUCUCAGCACAAUCUCAGAAACCCAAAGGUCGGCAGGUGAAGAUGGCAUUUAUUCACACGGUUGCCAAGCCACCGAGAGAUGUGCGAAUUCAGCAGGAAAUUCAUGGAACUGCUGUUCAGCAGCCUCAUCAGCCCAGGAGCAGUGUCAAGAUUCAGGACAAUCGAUCGAAGCAGAGUUAUGAGCCCAGCAGGCCCAGCAGCACCAGUUCAGGGGGAAGCGGAACACAGGACGCGCGCAAAAAAACAAGAGUGGCUCCAAUGAUGGCGAAGUCCUUGAAGGCAUUUAAGAAACAGCUCGGACGUAGAUAAGUGUUUAUACAAUGCUACGGUGUGGAUGUGCACAACAUGAACUCGAUCAAUGAUUAACUCUGGGCAGUAAUAAGCCUGUGUUCACUUUAGAUUAUUCUGUGUUGCUUGUCUAUAUGUACUGUGAUCAGGCAGUGCCAUGUUUCUUUUCUGCAAGUUGUCUUCACUAUUAAAUGGGCCAUGAAGUCAGCAAAUUUACUUGGCUUUGAUUUUGU